AUGGCCGACUCGGGACAACGCCUCCAUGUCCCUGGACAGUCCAGGAAGCUUCGGCUUAAUGUCGUCGCAGCUAGUGGGCUUAUCAAACGCGAGGUCUUCAACCUCCCCGAUCCUUUUGCUGUUAUUUCUGUCGAUGGUCAGGCUGUACACAACACUAGCGUGUUCAGAAAGAGCUUGAAUCCCUACUGGAAUGAAAGUUUCGACCUUGAUGUCAAGGAAAACUCCACGCUGUCUGUUCAGAUUUUUGACGAGAGGAAGUUCAAGAAGCGUGAUCAGGGUUUCCUGGGUUUGGUCAUGAUACGAUUGGAUGAAGUAUUCGACUGGCAGAGUGGACAUCAAGAGAUGCUCACUCUGGAACUUAAACCCUCUAAUCAGAAUAUGCCAGUCAUGGGUCGACUGGUCAUAUAUCUAACUGCGGAUACCUCCACGCGCAUUUCCAAUCCCGGUCCCUCUCAAUUGUCUGGGAACAUCAGCCAGCUCAGCGCACCUUCUACGUCCCAUUCCAAUCCUGUCAACCUUCCCGUAUCGAAUACGUCCCCAGCACUGUCCCCGCGCCAAAGCUUUGUUUCAGGUACCGCCGGCGCUGUGGAAUCGUUGAGUCCCGGACUGAACACAUCCUCGGAGCGGCCUGACUCUCGUGCAUCAAGCGGGUUGACGAAUAUUUCCAACAUGACGAAUCGCAUGCAGCGAAUGUCAGUGAAUCCGGCACAGGAGCAGAUCGCUCCUCAGGCCGCGUCGCCCUACGCUCCCAACGUAGCUCCCGCACCAGUUGCCCAAAUGGUGAAUUCUGGAUCUGCUGUUCCCGCCAACCCCAACCCCGCGCAUAGAUCUGGUCCUACGCAGGGCGCACAGACGGAGGACGAGCUUGGCCCUCUUCCACCUGGUUGGGAGCGUCGGGAAGUCAACGGCAGAUCAUAUUAUGUGGAUCAUUCCACUCGCACUACUCAAUGGAGAAGACCGCCACCUGUCGCCAAUGCUCAACCCAUGGAACAAGGGGCCGAUUUGGCUAGGUCUAGAACCCGACACGAAGGACGGUCGCUGGCGGAUGACAUGCUUGGCACUGUAUCUGGUGCUGUAACUCCCGCCCAUUCGGCUAAUGCGAUUGGUGCGCAGACGCGGACAGGGGUUGCUGGGGUCACAGAUCCAUCUCUUGGGUCCUUACCUCAGGGAUGGGAACAGCGGUUCACCGCAGAGGGUCGGCCUUAUUAUGUCGACCACAACAACCGAACCACGAGCUGGCAGGAUCCUCGCCGCCCUGUAUUCCGACCCCAAGGCACCCCAGCUGAAACUGUGGGCGCAUCUUCGUCCUCGUCCCAGCUCGGACCCCUACCCUCUGGUUGGGAGAUGAGGCUCACUGCCAGCAACCGUAUCUACUUCGUUGAUCACAACACGAAGACCACAACGUGGGACGACCCGCGCUUGCCGUCAUCGGUGGACAAGGACACGCCGAAAUACAAAGUAGACUUCCGGCGCAAACUUAUCUAUUUCCGUAGUCAGCCGGCCAUGAGACCAUUGCCAGGAAAUUGCCAGGUUCGUGUACGGCGCAACAAUUUGUUCGAGGACAGCUAUUCCGAGAUAAUGCGUCAAACCCCUGAGGACUUGAAGCGGCGGCUUAUGAUCAAGUUCGAAGGCGAAGAUGGCUUGGACUACGGCGGCGUGUCGAGGGAAUUCUUUUUCUUGCUAUCACAUGAAAUGUUCAACCCCAUUUACUGUCUAUUUGAGUACUCCGCACACGACAAUUAUACCUUGCAGAUCAACCCCGCCUCUGGAAUUAACCCUGAACACUUGAAUUACUUCCGUUUCAUCGGUCGAACCGUUGGACUAGCUGUAUUUCAUCGUCGCUUCAUGGAUGCUUACUUCAUUGUCAGCUUCUACAAGAUGGUUCUCGGGAAAAAGGUCACACUGGCUGACCUGGAAAGCGUGGAUGCCGAGCUGUUUCGAGGCUUAACUUGGAUGCUAGAAAAUGAUAUCACCGAUAUUAUCGAUGAGACCUUCACCAAAUCAGAGGAACGAUUUGGAGAACUUGUCACAGUGGAGUUGAAACCAGGAGGAGCUGACGUUGAAGUCACCGAGGUGAACAAGAAAGAAUACGUCGACCUUGUUGUAGAAUAUCGUAUAUCCAAGAGGGUGAAGGAACAGUUCGACGCAUUCAUGUCUGGGUAUCUUGAUCUCAUACCUCAAGAUCUUAUUCGCACAUUCGACGAACGGGAACUGGAAUUGCUCAUCGGCGGCAUGUCCGAGAUUGAUGUGGAUGACUGGUGCAAGUUUACCGACUACCGUGGCUAUCAGAUGAACGAUGAAGUGAUCCAAUGGUUUUGGAAAUGCGUGCGGUCCUUCCAGCCGGAACGCAAGAGCAGGCUGCUGCAAUUCGUCACUGGAACAUCACGAAUUCCUGUCAAUGGGUUCAAGGACCUUCAGGGGUCGGAUGGUCCCAGGCGAUUCACCAUUGAGAAGUCUGGUGACCCGGAAAGCCUCCCGAAAAGCCACACUUGCUUCAAUCGCAUUGAUCUCCCGCCUUACAAGGAUUACGAGAGUUUGGAAAGGAAGCUAAUAUUUGCAAUAGAAGAAGCAGAUACCUUCGGCGUUGAGUGA